AUGGCCGCACGCACGCUCAGAAUAGGCCUUAUCCCAGGCGACGGCAUCGGCCGCGAAGUCAUCCCCGCGGGCCGCCGCAUCCUCGAAGCCCUGCCCUCCUCCCUCGGCCUGAACUUCACCUUCACCCACCACGAAGCCGGCUGGGAAACCUUCCAGCAGCAAGGCGUCGCACUCCCCGACAAGACCGUGUCUGCGCUCAAAGCCGAAUGUGACGCCGCCCUCUUCGGCGCGGUCUCCUCGCCCACCGUCGCAACCAAGGGCUACUCUUCGCCCAUCGUCGCGCUGCGCAAACGCCUCCAGCUGUACGCCAACGUACGCCCCGUCAAAUCCGUGCGUGGCGCGCAGAGAGCAGUGGACCUAGUCAUUGUCCGCGAGAACACAGAGGAUCUGUAUGUCAAGGAGGAGAAGACGUACGCGGCGCCCGACGGGAGUAAGAUCGCAGAAGCCAUCAAGCGGAUCUCUGAAACCGCGAGUUGGAAUAUCAGCGAGAUGGCGGGAGAUAUUGCGCUGAGGCGCCAGCGUGUAAGGGACGCGGGCGCGAGUAGCAUUCAUUCCAAACCCCUCGUGACGAUCACGCAUAAGAGCAAUGUGCUCAGCCAGACGGAUGGGCUGUUCCGCGAGACAGCGCGCCGGGCGCUGGGACAGGGCAAGUACCAGAUGGUCGGCAUCGAGGAGCAGAUUGUGGAUUCAAUGGUGUACAAGCUGUUCCGCCAGCCCGAGGACUACGACGUCAUUGUCGCGCCGAAUCUUUACGGUGAUAUCCUAUCUGAUGGUGCUGCGGCACUGGUUGGCUCGCUCGGUCUUGUGCCGUCGGCGAAUGUGGGCAAGGACUUUGUUAUUGGUGAGCCGUGCCAUGGUUCGGCACCGGAUAUCGAGGGCAAGGGCAUUGCGAACCCCAUCGCGACUAUUCGGUCGACUGCGCUUAUGCUGGAGUUCCAGGGCGAGGAGGAGGCUGCGGCGAAGAUCUAUGAGGCGGUGGAUGCGAACUUGGAGGAGGGCAAGUUGCUGAGCCCGGAUCUCGGUGGUAAGGCGACGACCAACGAGAUCAUCGAGGAUAUUUGUAAGAGGUUGUAG